AUAUCUACAAAGUUCUCUUCUGAGUUCUUAAAGGAUAAUUGAUAAUCUGGGAGGGCCUAGCCCAUGGCCAUGCUGGCCUCAACCAUGGCGGGAAGAGAAGGGUUCAGGCACCCCCAACCCUGCUCGGACACGUUUGUCGAAUGCUUUAUUCUCGUGAUGAGGGCUAUUACGUGGUUCAUGAGGUGAGCGCCCUGAGCUCGGCAUGCAGUGAGUGCUCCAUAGGUGGCGGCUGCGGCCUCCGGGGUGCCACAGACAGGUGCGGGGACACCUGAGCUCCUGAGCUCUUGCCCGGGCUGCCCGGGCCCCUUCGCUCUGCGCUAGGCGGACCCCGGAAGGGAGGGGUCCGUCCAGCACCCUGGAGAGCGCUCAGCCCCGCCCCGCGCCUCCUCCCGACUCCCGCUGCGUGGGUCCCGUCCGCCGCCCCGCAGUCCGGAGUGUGGCCCGCGGGGGCGGCCGUUGCCCCGCCAGCCGGUCAGGGGCGGGGAGUCGCAGCAGAUGGGCGGGGGACGCCUGCCAGUUUGCGGCAGCAACGGCCACGCGUCGCGGAGGCGUGACGGGGGGGCGAUGGGGACACCCAGGCCCGCCCCGCGCCCUGGUCACGUGAGCUCCGACCGCUCCGCAGGUGCAAGUCGGAGUCCGAGGCAGUAGAAACGAAAAUGAACUCCAAGGAUCCCCGAGCUGGUUCUUUGGGGCUCAGUUUUCCCACCCAAAACCUAGGGUGGGAGGACCAGGCGGUUCCCGACCUCGGUGACCGCCCGGAGGGAGCCUCUGGGUGCUUAGAGCCUCGGGGUCCAGCGACUCCGCCAGUUUCCAGCGCGGAGGGUGCGCCCCAGACGUGCGUCCUCCGGGGUUCAGUUCCCUGUCCAGCUCGGAGCAGCUGGUGGCGCGCGUCUCUCAUCCUCUUGACCUUCCUGGGGUCUACCUGAGGCUGGGGCCCGGGCGGUGCCGCUGCAGCCGCUGGGUCCCCCGCCGACCCGAGUGGGGCUCAGGGACCUGCUGAGCUCCAGGUGGGGAAAGAAUGAAGAAGGGCGCGUUGGAGACGAGGGGCGCAGCCCCCCUCAUUCCUCCCCGCCGGGUCGACGCAGCGACGGUGCCAACGGGCUCCACGUAUCCCGCGCCCCCGCCACAGAUGGGAGGCGGAGGCGGGAGAGGGAUCCCCGGGGACACCCAGGUCCUCCUCUCCAGCCCCACCCCGCUCAGGAACAAAGGCGGGGCUGGGCGGGGCGGGCGAAGCCUCCUCCUUAAAGCCGGGCUGCGGGCGCGGGCUCCCUGCGCUCCGCCCUCUUCCGCCCGAGUCUCCUCUCGGCCUGGGCCGGUACCGAGCUCCCUUCUCGCGGGACCCGCAGGGCCGCCCCUUUCCCGUAGAGCAUGGGGCUGCCUCGCAGGGAAGGGGAUGCAGCCGAGCUGCGCAAGAGCCUGAAGCCGCUGCUGGAGAAGCGCCGGCGCGCGCGCAUCAACGACAGCCUGAGCCAGCUCAAGGGGCUCAUCCUGCCGCUGCUGGGCAGGGAGGGCGACCCUGUCUCUCUUCUUCCGCGCGGCCCGGCCCAGAACUCCCGCUACUCGAAGCUGGAGAAGGCGGACAUCCUGGAAAUGACCGUGCACUUCCUGCAGGAGCUGCCAGCUUCCUCCUGCCCCGCCGCUGCGCCCGGGCCCACGGACAGCUACAGCGAGGGCUACCGCGCCUGCGUGGCGCGUCUGGCACGCGUGCUGCCGGCCUGCGGCGUCCUGGAGCCUGCGGUGAGCGCGCGCCUGCUGGAGCACCUGCGGCGGAGAUCCCUCUGCACCACCCCAGAUGCCAGACCGCCCUCACCGCCUUCACCACCCUCACCACCCGCACCCACGCCCUCCCCACCAGCACCGCCCAGCCCUGGCCUCUGGCGGCCCUGGUAGCCCCUUGGCUGGGCCGCAGAGCCAGCUGACUGCCAGCGGCCCGGCGGGCGGAGGGAGCUCUUGGCAGCAGCUGCCCUUCGCACACCCAAGGGCCAGCCCAACGACCAGCCAACACGGGCGGGAAGACUAGAAGCGG